AAACCAUGGAAAGCAACAAGGAUGAGGCCAUAAGGUGUUUAUCUAUUGCAAAGAGUUCAUUUGAAGUAGGAGACUAUUCAAAAGCACAGAGACUGGCUGAAAAGUCCAAAAGACUAUACCCAACAGAACGAGCUGAACAAUUCUUGCAGAUCAUCAAAAGACAAACAGAUCCUGCUCCCAAAACUAUACCAUUGCAAAAAAAUAAUGCUCAAACAGAUAAAAAGUAUACAACUGAACAAGUGAAUGCAGUGAAAGCAAUAUUGGCUUGCAGCAAUUGUUACUAUAAAGUCCUGUCUGUAGAUAGAACAGCAACUGACGCAGAAAUCAAAAAAGCGUAUAGAAAGAAAGCAUUAUUAUUUCACCCUGAUAAAAAUAGUACGCCUGGAGCGGAUGAAGCAUUUAAGCUUAUUUCAAAAGCAUUCAAUACAUUAUCAGACCCACAUAAAAGAGCAAUACAUGAUUCUGGUGGAGAUAGAGAAGAUGGAAGAAGAUCAGCUCCAACUUAUCGUUCUACUUAUCAUAGACGCCGUAGAGAGGAAGUAUCACCUGAAGAUCUGUUUAAUCUAUUUUUUGGAAGGAAUGGACCGAGGUUCAAUCAAGAUAGGUAUACAGAUCACGCUCACUUUUAUAAGUAUCAAAGAUACCAACAAUAUCAAAGACAGCGCCAACAUCAGCGACAAAGACAACAACAACAACAAGAGGAUGGAUCAAUGAAAUAUUUUCCAUUUAUCUUUAUCAUCCUUGCACUUGUCUUGUCUGCCAUGAUGUCCUCUCAAAGUGAGCCAUUAUAUACCUUCCAGACAUUAUCACCUAAUACAUACAAAAGAGUUACCAGUUUGAAUCAAGUUGACUAUUUCGUAAAUCCUAAAACGUUUUUCCCAAGGAUAGGGAAUAGCCAUUAUAAACUAAGAGAAAUAGAGAGACAGAUUGAAUUAGAUUGGGUCAAUGAACUAGCAAGAACAUGUCAAAGAGAACAAAGACAAAGAGGCUAUAGGCGAUCCAAGCUGCCAAAGAGCUGUCAAGAGUACGAUCGGUUAGCUCGUAGAUUGUAACUUUAAUAAACCACAUCAUUGUCCUACACUUAAUUUGUUUAAUGGCUGACUUUCUUUUAUCCUUUCUCUCUCUUCUUUCACUGGUCUGUGUUUCAUGCCUUAUACGCCAUAUACUCUUCAGACUAUUCUCGCGUCAUCUUGUGUUCAACGAGAAGAGCCUAUUCCUACACCAAACACUUCAACCUCAUUCUUUUCAAGACGAGCUACCUCUCCUCCUAAUGAUGCUACAUCACCUAUUCUUCGAUUAACUUCAAAUACCUCAGCAGCAGUUCGAAUAGAUUCCGUUGGAGCUUGGGAUAAUGAUCUCUAUUGUGGUACUUCUGAAGGAACUGUACUUCAUUAUUCUCUACAAGAUAACAACACUUCGACAGAAAAGGUAAAAAGG